CACGCGACAGAUAAUCCAUCCGAGUCGUUGCUUUUGUUGCAGUCUCGUUCUGUAAGAGUAGAUUCCAGCGAUUAAUAUGCAAUGACUUCCUGUUGGGAGUGUCAUCUCUCUUUCAGUUCUUGAAAAUUUGUCAAAAUCGCUGCAUCGCACAUGCUAAGCCCACAGAUAUAUUCGCCAUGGAUUCAGUAUCAAUGAGCAGUGGCUCGCCCCCAUUCUCGCCCGUUACGUACAACGACCAUGCUGGGAAGCUGUGGAUUGUAACGAUUCUGUCACUUAUUUACAGUUCGCUUGCAAUCAUGGCAAGGGCGUACAUCAAGCAUAAGAUGCUCGGUUUUGAUGACAUCCUGAUUGCUUUUGCAACGAUUUUGCAUUUAGCUCAGUCAGUCGCGGUAUUCAUUGGCUUGAACAACGGCCUUGGCAAAUUCAACUCCAUUACGUCGCCGGAACAAUGGGCGACAUCUUCGAAAUCCACUCUCGCAGCCGUUAUCCUCAGCUUACUGGCCCUGGCUCUCGCCAAAUGCUCUGUUCUCGCCCUUAUUCUGCGAAUAAUUGGCUCCAAAACCGGAAAGAUUAAAAUAUUCUGCAUUUCGCUCAUAGCCAUCAGUGCGGCUUGGGGUGUAGGUUCCUGCCUAGCAUUCCUGAUUAACUGCCGCGCCGAUACAUUAUUGACUCGGGAUAAUAUCGAACAAUGUCCCAAUCAGGAUAUACGAUGGGCCGUGAUCACGGCUGUCGACGUCUCCACUGAGAUGCUCACUUGGAUUCUCAUUGUACAACUGUCUUGGACAGUCAACAUGUCAUUCAGCCGCAAGUGUCAGGUUGCCAUGGUGUUUUCAUUCCGUCUGCUGCUCAUUGCCCUCUCGGUUACGCACUUGGUAUAUUUCGACAAAUAUCCAACUUCCGCCCAGCCUCAGUUUGCCAUUGCGAGCUCUUUGCUCUUUCAGCAGGUCAUGAUUGUGUGGUCCCUCAUUUCUGCCACGGUGCCGAACAUGAAAAACUUUUUAAAAUCCUUCUCCAUCGGCAUGGGGUUUCCACUGCCCCCUGACCUCAGCUGGCUCGAAUCCAGCCAAUCGUACCAGCUUCAGUCACUUGAGAACAGACACCCAAGGGGUACUUCCUCUACGGCAACGACAGCUGGAGGAACAUUGACUUCUGCUGGAAUGCAUGACCCCUGUGACAGCGGACUCCGCAGCCGCCCGUACAAUUGGAGGCUGGGCCAGGGUUCGAAUGAGACCGCUAUCAGGGCACAUGGCGGCAACAACAGCAGAGAGGAAUUAUUAGAAACAGAAGAAGACUAGCAACCAAGCCAAUAGUGAUCAUGACAUUGACAUUAUAAAAGGAUGAAUGCGUGUUGCUUACUGAACCCUCUCUGAAACUAACUCACCAGCCUUCAAUUCUUCAACAGUCAAUACUAGCUCCGGCAGUACUUUAGCACAAUAUCUAACCUCUUUGUAGUAAUUACGUCUUUUAGGUGGUAGAUAAGAGGAAAAAGACUGGCAUGUUUAGUUAGUCUCUGGUAAUAAAAGCAACACUUGGACAGA